GCCAAUGCGGGUUCAGGCCACCCAGAAAGCGUACACGUGAUGGUAUUUCCAUUACCACCCGUACUCCCUCCCUGUAGCUGCGGACCUGGACACAGAUGGGUGAGAGGUGGGCGGUGUCUCCAGCCAGCCAUCUUCCUCAGAGCUGGCACCACAAACAGGAGUUCCGUGUCUUCCACCUGGACCACCGCGUCAGCUCCGGGAGGGAGGGGCGCUCCUGUCGUUAUACGACACACCCCGCCCGACGACACCUCCACACUCGGCUGUCGUCACGAGGAGAGGAUCAGAGACAGAGUUUUCACUGAGUCAGCCCUUGGUGUGAUUAGUCUACCUUCUCUCCAGCGGUCACUGGACCCAGAACUGUUCUCUCACCUGGCCCGUCAGCAGCUACAUAUUCAACCAACCACCCACCAAUCAUCAACAUACUUAUCAUGCUCUUACAUGCUAUCAUUAUGUACAUAACACAUUGUAAUGUCACCACAACCAUGCUCAUUCUUUUGCUCCCUUGCACAUUUGAACAAGGCAAGAUCAAUCCCCACCAAAAGGAUGCAUGCAAAGAAGAAAGAACAUUUGUUAAGCGCUCCUG